AUGCCACAGUGGUGGGUCGACUCUCGCAUCGAAGCCACCGUCACCCGGCCCUUCGUCCUGAGCCAGCUUCUCCCAGAUGAGAUUGAGCGCCUAGACCGUCCCGUCGCCUUUGGCGGCGAGGACCUCACCGAGCGCACCUACUGGGAGAGCAUCCGGAAUGAUGCCCCCCGCAUGUUCCUCAUCCUGGUCGACCUCGGCGUACCCGAUCAGAUCUUUGGAGUUAUUGACGAUGGUUGGGACGAUGCCGAGCUUCCCAUUGCCCUCGAGGACGUGGACCGGCUCGCCCUGACAGCAGUCCGCGACGAAAAGGUCGAAAAGAAGUUUUACCAGCGUCAAUUCCACUACCUCCUCAAGCCUCUGCAGCGCGGGAGCCACCUUGUGUACGGCGACCACGAGGUUGUGCCCCUCGAUGUUGUUGAGCGAUCUCCCCUGGCCACUCACAAGUCCCAUGCCAUCGACAAGGUGAAGCUCCCCAAUGUUUCGGGAGCGUUCUUUUGUCGCCGGCGAUAUUCCUUGGGCGCAGGGCCUGGUGCCAUACCGAUAUCCGAGUUUCUAGACGCCAUCCAAGGGAUCAAGGGGCUGCAGAACGAGCACAUGGUCUCGUACUGGGCGUCUUACACUCACAAUGGAUUCGGAUACGUUCUCUUCUCGCCGCCGAGCGACCUCACGCUCAAGUCGUUUCUGGCGACGACACCAUCUCAGUUCAAGCACCUGGCAAAGACACGCCGUAGGGAGCUCCUAAUGAACUGGAUUCUGUGCCUAGUCGACACCCUCUGCUAUCUCCAUAGCAAGAAUCGAUCGCACGGCUACAUCAAACCAUCAACCAUCUUCUUCACCAACCAGAACCACAUCUUCUUCUCUGACUCCACUCGACUAACUCCCGACGCUGUUAUUCUUCAUACGGAUAAGUCAUCUUUCGAUCGAGAAUGGUAUGACUAUGCAGCACCAGAGCAAUGGGCACGACCUGCGGGCGCGUCAAGUCCGCCAAACCGAUUCACGCCUCCCGAGGACACUCACUUUAGCAUGAUGCAGCACUACAACUCCAACUCGUCCACAGCAAUGUUUCUAGCCUCAAACGCGCAUCUAAGCGCCCAGCAGGCCGAUAUAUUCUCACUAGGAUGCAUCAUACUAGAAAUUCUAUCAUUGCUGGUCAAAAAGUCAUCAAGCAAGUUCGCGGCUUUCCGGUCUGCGAAACACAAGACGGCUGGGCGAGGUGGUGCGGUAUUGGACACAUCUUUCCACAAGAACCUGGGCCAAGUAGAAGCAUGGAUGUCGGGUCUCGCCAAAGACGCCUCUCGGAAAUCGUCGCCAGGCAAGGAUGACUCAAACUUCUUCCGAGGAGUCACACCCAUACUACAUGUGGUCACGGGUAUGUUGUCGGCCAAUCCAUAUGACCGGCCUCCUGCCAUUGAGGUACAGCAACGCAUCUACCAGAUCAUGACGGAGGUCUGCGGCAUCUCGGAGCCGCAUUGCGUGCAUCAAUACUCGCAAGACCUUGAAACCUCGUUUGGUGGGCUACAGAUCCAAUCCAAUGUUGGCAGCGUGAUGGGUCGGUCGCAGUAUCAAGCCAGCGUCGGUCACGGUACGAUGCGGACAUACCAGCACAGCCGGAAUAGCAGCAGUGGCGAGUACUCACAGGGUAGCCGCACGACGACCAGCAGCGAGGCCGAAGUGGAUGGUCUCUACAUGACUGGGCAUCCAAGUCCACCACAGAUGAUGCCGCAGGGCACUUGGUCGCGAAUGACCAAUGCUCAGGGCCAGCUCUAUGCGGCAGGUCCAUAA